AACAGCAGGUAAAUAAGCUUCAAGUUAGAAUAAUUUAGGAUGAUUUUAGAAACACGAAGAACUCCAUUAAAAAACAUUACAUGAUCAAAAGCCUAAUAAGAAUUCACGCCCUUGACGAGUAUUUAAAAGUUUGUAUUCCUUAGGAUGAGCUCUGGAAACCAGAAAGACACCCCGUUUCUCUGUCAAAGUUUACGUUUGAAGUACGUUAAGUCUUCAAAGUAUUCUCUGAAAGGACAAAUGUGGUCCUUUAGGGUUGUAUAUUGAGUCUGUGUUGUUUUAAAUAUCAAUAUAUAACUUGGAAUUGGUUGCACUUGAAUUGAAUGAGAAACAGUUUGGACAUGAUGAGCAGAGAGAGAACAUUGUUGGUGGUACUUUUACUUAUUCUAAUCCACCAUAUUUGUGCUACCAAGGACCACCAAGAACACCUUUGUCCCCCUUCUUCCUGUGGCUACAUCACCAACAUCACUUAUCCAUUUCGAUUACAAGGCCACCCAGAGAAUUGUGGUGACGAAAGGUACGAGCUUGGUUGUCAGAAUAAUGUUACUGUGUUGUAUCUGAACUCUGCACAAUUCCAUGUUCAGGCAAUCAACUACGACAACUACACCGUGAGAGUGGUUGACCCUGCUCUUCAACACCACAACUGCUCCUCCCUUCCUCUUCGUUCCCUCUCUCGCUCCAAUUUCUCUGAUACUUACACUGACUCCGCGGAUCUAUACAUAGCCAGUCUAUAUCUGUAUCUAAAUGGGGAAUCUCUGAGUUUCGAGCAUAUAGUGUUUCUGAACUGUAACCAUUCGGUGAGAGAGAACGGGAAGUAUGUGGAGAGUGGUGAGUGCGUGAAGUGGGACUCAAAAGGCUAUGCAUAUGCAGUUGGUGGAGACCUAAAAGCUGAGGACUUAGAAGUUGGGUGUGACGUGAAGCUUGUUGCUCCCACAUCGUUCAGGACUUUCAAUAGGCAUUCAUACGCUGCCAUUCACAGGGCUCUCGCCUAUGGAUUUGAGAUCUCUUGGAUACACCUCGCCUGUCAGAAUCAUUGUCAUAAUGAAUUUUGCUAUUUCAACUCUUCUAGCCAGAACUUUCACUGCUUUUACAUGGGAGACAUAACGGCAUUACAAUUGUCACCGGUGUUACCUGGCAUGCUUACUGGUAUGGCCGCUUACAAAAUUUUGUUUGGAUUGCCAUUCUUAAUUGUGAUUUUCAUAUGUAAAUGGAGGAAAAGACAUUCAUCAAUGUAUGAAAAUAUUGAAAAUUACCUUGAACAAAAUCACUUAACACCUAUCAGAUACUCAUACAAGGAAAUUAAGAAGAUGACGGGAAGUUUCAAAGAGAAGUUAGGUGAAGGAGGAUUUGGCUCUGUGUUUAAGGCAAAGUUACGGAGCGGACCUUCUGUGGCAAUCAAAAUGUUAGGUAAAGCCAAAGGAAAUGGACAAGAUUUUAUCAAUGAAGUUGCAACUAUCGGAAGAAUACAUCAUCAAAAUGUGGUACAAUUAAUUGGAUUUUGUGUUAGUGGCUCAAAGCGCGCUCUUGUUUAUGAAUUCAUGCCCAAUGGAUCUCUUGAUAAAUUUAUAUUUUCAGGAAAUGAAAAUACAGAUUUUAGCUAUGAAAAAAUAUAUAAGAUAUCGAUUGGAGUAGCUCGUGGAAUUGCUUAUCUCCAUCAUGGAUGUGAGAUGCAGAUUUUGCAUUUUGAUAUCAAACCCCAUAAUAUCUUAUUGGAUGAAAACUUCAUCCCAAAGGUUUCUGACUUUGGAUUAGCAAAGUUAUAUCCAAUAGAUAAUAGCUUAGUCACAAUGACACAAGCAAGAGGAACCAUUGGAUAUAUGGCUCCAGAAUUGUUUUACAAUAAUAUUGGAGGAAUAUCCAACAAAGCUGAUGUUUAUAGUUUCGGAAUGUUGUUGAUGGAGAUGGCUAGUAAGAGGAAAAAUCUAAAUCCCAAUGCAGAACACUCAAGUCAACUUUACUUUCCCCUUUGGAUAUAUGAUCAUAUUAGAGAAGAGGAAGAUAUAGAUAUAAAGGAUUUGAGCGAAGAGGAAAAGCUAAUAGUAAAGAAAAUGAUCAUAAUUGCACUUUGGUGUAUACAGUUAAAACCAAAGGAUCGUCCCUCAACGAACAGAGUUGUAAAAAUGCUUGAAGAAGACAUUGAAGAUUUGGAAAUACCUCCAAAACCUACUUUAUAUCCUAAUGAAAUGAUUUUAGAGGAUCAAACAACCAGUUCUAUCUAAACAAUUUUGAAAGAAUUCAUCUAGUAGUGAUUGAAUAAAGGAAAUUGCAGGUUGCGGGAUUGCGGGAAAAAAGAGAUUGAGAGUUCGCAUUGCAUAUUGGUGAAAAAUUAGAAAAGGGAGAAGCAAGUGAAAUGUUAUAUUUGUAGUUCUUUAAUUAAUGAUAAAUAUGUUUUGAUAUCUACAAUUCUACUACUGCAAUUUAUUGUACCUGUUAUUUGAAUAAUAGAUGUAAAUAUUUUUUAAA